AUGCCAAGAGAAAAUAAUUUAAACUGUGCUAAAUAUUUAACAUGUAAGAAAUAUAUCCUUGCCCAGAAACACAAGACCAAAGUGCUUUCUUCUUCGAGGCAAGCCAAAUGCGCUAGUUCUAAGAGCAAGUGCAAAACAGGCGUGCCCCAAGAAUGGAGCUAUAUGACAAGGCGCACUCUUUUAGUCAUUAUGGUUCUUGUUUGUUUCGCUGAAAUGGAGCUUUUUGCAGUGGCGUCUGGAGCCUCCUCUAAGAACUUGCAGAAUAAAGAGAAGAAGAAGCGGUCUAUCAAAAACACAAUAAUUUCUUUUCUAAACCAUGAAAAGAAGAAUGGUGUAGACUCAGCAGGCUCAGACAAGCAGAAAACACAAAAAGAAAAGGAAGAAAAAAACAGUAGAGAAGAGAAGAGUAUGCGCAUUCACUUAAAAGAUAUAAGUGAAGACCAAAAUCCAUCUAUUUCGCAGAAUAACUUACCCGAAACACUAAAUAUAUUGAAUAUCGAAGAACCUUCUAAGGGCGAAGGUUACAUGAAGGAGAAAUUGAGUCUUAUGGAAUAUCUAGUGUCGUCUAAUGGUGGAAAAAACUUGAAUAGUGAAGAAACACAUAUGCAUGAAAAAAACUUGGAGGACCUCGCAAAGCUUUCAGAGUUAUUAAAAAAUCUUAAAGAUUUUGAAGACUUGAGUAUUGAAGAACCUCCUAAGGAUGAAGAAACCUUGAAGGAUCUAAGUAUUGAAGAACCUCCUAAGGAUGAAGAAACCUUGAAGGAUCUGAGUAGUGAAGAGUCUUCUAAGGAUGAAGAAACCCUGAAGGAUCUGAGUAGUGAAGAGUCUUCUAAGGAUGAAGAAGCCUUGAAAUAUGUGCAUACUGCAGAAUCUUUGAACUAUGCAGAAUCUUUGGAGUUUAUAAAUCCAGAAGAAGAAUUUUCUAAUAUGGAAGCGUGCAUAAAUGAAAUUAUUAGCAGGGCUUAUGGCGUACCCGUCUAUGAAGAGACAGCAGCAGUCUCUGAAAAAAUUUAUGAUCACACAUAUAUACCAUCCGUCUCUUCUCUUAAAGAGAAUGUGGAGAAAGCUCAUAAAGUGUGCAUAAAUAUAAAAAAUAACUUGGUGGCAGAAGGAAAAAAAAAGGAAUAUUAUGCCAAAUACAAAGAAUUUGAGAAAGAAAGAGAUAUCUAUCUACGAAUGGCUAAAGAUCUGAACUCAUACCUAGAAUCACGUUUGAAAGUAAAAGAGUGUGUCGCCAGCAUUGAUGCCUACUGCCUGUCUAAUAGUAUUAGCAUGGAACCAGGUGUAUGCAAGGAAUAUGACACUGCGAAAAAGGAGGUUGAUGCUAUAUCUUUGGAGAUAAAAGAACUUGUAAAUCCCACAAAAAAGGAUAUUGAAGAUGAGUUUAAAAUACUAUGCAGCGUGGUAAACAAGUUGAAGGAGCAUGAAAAUAUUCCAGAAACAGAAUAUAAAGAUAUUUUAAACGAAGUUCUGGAAGCCAAUGCUAAGUUCAAUGAUAUAUUUUUAAAUGAAGAGAAUAUUUUUGAGAAACUAGAUCGCAAAAACGAGUUGCUGUAUUCCAUGAGAUUUAAAGAGGAAAAAUACUUGGACAGUAUGAAACAAGACACCAAUCAGAUAAGUAACGCAAUAAAGUCCCAUAUUAAUUAUCUGAGUGUGUCAACAAAAGCCAAUAUUUUCAGGAAAGCUAUAUUGGACCACCAACGCACAAGUAUAGAAAAUACAAAGAUGGAAAUAAGAGAAUACACUAGUUAUAACAAUGCGGAAAAACAACAUAAAGACAUGAAGGAUGCGCUUAAGGAAGCAGAAUAUAAGCUAAUGGAAGCAGAGAAUGCGCUAGACCAAUACUACGUAAAACAUCCAAUAGCUGCUAUGGAAUCAGACAUAUAG